AUGAAUCACUCAGAACAAACACUACAGCAACAGCAACAGGAGCAACACCAUCAGCAGCAGCCUGUGGUGGGUGUUGUGGCAAGUGGAGGCCAAUUGACAUAUGCACCUCCUUCCUAUCAAACUGCUCCUAUGGUGGCUUCUGGAACUCCUGCUGUGGCCGUCCCUUCCCCAACACAGCCCCCUGCCGCUUUCUCUAAUUCCUCGCAUCAGAUUGCCUACCAGCAAGCCCAGCAUUUCCACAACCAACAGCAGCAGCAACAACAGCAGCAGCUUCAAGUGUUCUGGGCCAACCAAAUGCAAGAUAUUGAACAAGCAUCUGACUUCAAGAAUCACAGCCUUCCUCUUGCAAGAAUUAAGAAAAUAAUGAAAGCUGAUGAGGAUGUUCGAAUGAUAUCUGCUGAGGCUCCAGUGAUAUUUGCAAAGGCAUGUGAAAUAUUCAUCCUGGAGCUGACUUUGCGCUCAUGGAUUCACACAGAGGAGAACAAAAGGAGGACGUUACAAAAGAAUGAUAUCGCAGCUGCUAUUUCGAGGACUGAUGUCUUUGAUUUUUUGGUUGAUAUUAUCCCAAGAGAUGAGUUGAAAGAAGAGGGACUUGGAGUGACUAAGGCUACAAUCCCAGUGGUGGGCUCCCCAGCUGAUAUUCCAUACUAUUAUGUACCGCCACAACAUCCUGUGGGAGCUCCUGGGAUGAUCAUGGGGAAGCCAGUGGAUCAAGCGGCAAUCUAUGCUGCUCAACAGCCUCGACCACCUAUGGCUUUCAUGCCGUGGUCUCAGCCUCAACCUCAGCAGCCACAGCAACAGCAACAGCAACAAGAAGCCCAACAUCAGCAGACAGAUACUUGA